GUGAAAGUGGUCUAGUGAAAGUGGUGUAGUGAGGGAGAAACAACACUUAAUGUGGUUUCUUGUAUUGCAGGAGUGGGCACCCGCCAUCUUUCACUUAUAUGAUGACAUGUUGUGAGAUUCAGUGAAGAUUGUCAUCAGGGGAGUGCUGUGGUAGCAGUGAAGGAUGACGGUGAAGGACGGUGGUGGCGUGUAAGAGGUCUGGACGGUGCAGUGAGCGGAAGGUGGUGGUGUGUGUCGAUAUGUGUGCUGCUGGUGGAGUUAUGGCAGACACAGCAACUGUGGUGGUGAUCAGCGGUGGUGCCCCAUGUUGGUGCAGCAAGUGAAGCUGCAACUCCUCCUCCUCCUCAUGCAAUACAGUUCCUCUUGGUUGCUCACUUAUCCUACUCAACACUCAUAGAUUGCAAGAAAAACAAAAGAUACACUUAUAAGGAAGUUAGUGUUGUCUCGCAGUUUCUGCGCAAUAAAUAUCACGUUGGAAGUCCCAAAUAACUCCAAAGGAAACUCCUCAGCAAGACUGUGGAUCAGUCCUGCCAGGAAGACAAGAAAGAGGGCUGGCAGGCCAGAGAGACGAGAUAACGAAAGCGUAACAGCACCUUCGAAGAAGGCGCUCAAAUUUUUGGUUGAUUGGCUGAGCAAGAUCAGCGUGGUGGAGGUAAGCAAGAUUAGCGAGGCGAGGAGCACCCUGCCAGACGUCCCUAUGCCGCUCCUGAGCCCCCGGCCAAGUCCCAAGAUGGCAACGCCCAGUAACUCCAACCUCUUCUACACGGUGGAGGUGGGCGACACGCGCUUCACCAUACUGAGGCGCUACACCAACCUUAAGCCUAUAGGCUCUGGAGCUCAGGGCAUCGUCUGCGCAGCGUAUGACUCCGUCAGCCAACAAAACGUUGCCAUCAAGAAACUCUCGCGGCCCUUCCAGAAUGUGACCCACGCCAAGCGGGCCUACAGGGAGUUUAAACUAAUGAAGCUGGUCAACCAUAAGAAUAUAAUUGGACUCUUGAAUGCCUUCACACCACAGAAGUCUUUGGAUGAGUUUCAAGAUGUGUACUUAGUAAUGGAAUUAAUGGAUGCUAACUUAUGUCAAGUUAUACAAAUGGAUCUCGACCAUGAACGCAUGUCAUAUUUACUCUACCAGAUGCUGUGUGGUAUCAAGCACCUCCAUUCUGCCGGCAUCAUACAUAGGGACCUGAAGCCUAGCAAUAUUGUAGUAAAAUCUGACUGUACACUCAAGAUUCUAGAUUUUGGUUUGGCGCGAACAGCAGGAACCACAUUUAUGAUGACUCCUUACGUGGUCACUCGUUACUACAGAGCUCCAGAGGUUAUUUUAGGUAUGGGAUACACAGAAAAUGUGGACAUAUGGUCUGUUGGGUGCAUCAUGGGUGAGAUGAUACGAGGUGGGGUACUCUUCCCGGGUACAGACCAUAUUGAUCAGUGGAACAAAAUUAUAGAACAGCUGGGAACCCCAUCACAAGACUUCAUGUCAAGGUUACAACCAACAGUUCGCAAUUAUGUGGAAAACCGUCCUCGUUAUCCUGGAUAUUCCUUUGAUCGCCUUUUUCCUGAUGUCCUAUUUCCUGCUGAAUCUACGGAUCAUAAUCGGCUCAAAGCGAGUCAAGCCCGAGACCUGCUAUCAAGGAUGUUAGUAAUUGACCCAGAACGGAGGAUAAGUGUAGAUGAAGCACUGAUGCAUCCCUAUAUUAAUGUUUGGUAUGAUGAAGCUGAAGUUAAUGCUCCUGCACCAGGCCCAUACGACCAUAGUGUAGAUGACCGUGAACAUACAGUUGAUCAAUGGAAGGAACUUAUCUACAAGGAAGUAAUGGACUAUGAGCUGGUUUAUAAUUCUCCAGGUGGUGCUGGGGCUGGUGCACGUGGACCAGCUACCACUCAUGCCCAUGCCCCACCUGCGCCACCAAUGCAACUGCAGAUGGGGACCAAGACCAACAUCGCCCCAAUCAUAGAUAGGGCUGCCCUCAACCGUCUUAGCAGUCCCUCCGCCCCAUGCCUGCCCUCCCAGCUCUCUCCUUUGUUGCACAUAAUUCACAUAUGCUACUGGCAGGAGACUGGUACCCGUCAAGAGUCUGCAAAGGUGGUUAGCUCGCCAUUACUUAACAUGAGUAUGAAAAUAUGAUGGAUUUUUUGUUCAGAAACAGAAUGUAUGGGCCAGUAUUUCUCAGUAGUUUGCUGUUUGAUUGAGCUCAAUUAACAGCUGUGUGCAUCAUUUCUUAGGAGUAACUGUCACUUCUUGUGACUGGGCACUGCAGGUUUAUACUUCAAGCAACUGUACAGUAGCUGAAAAUCUUGUGCAGUUAUGUGACAUCUCUGAUAUCCCUCUUGUGCUUCUUGGCUGAAGCACAUCAUUCUGUGUAGUCCACAUCAUCUUCUGUGUCCAUUUUGUGUUGUGUCAGAGUGUGUGUGAGAGUGAAUGCAUCAGAUGUUUGAAAAUACCAUUCAAACCAUCAUGAUAGACAAAAAAUAUGCAAAUUAGGUACUGUAAGCUGUAGAUAAUUUCCUGCUUUAUAUCUCAUCAACAUCAGAGAGAACCUGUGUACUUCAGUGUUACCAUACUUACAAAUAAGAUUAGUUUGCAAAAUGCAGUUUAUUGGGUACCUUGUACCAAAUAAACUAAUGCAAGAAGUCAUCAGUCUUGCUCAGCUUGUCAAUAUUACUCUAUAAUUUCAUGGUUAAAUAUUUCCUAAAAAGUUUGCAGAACAUGUGCAGGGAAAAAGUGUUGCAAAAGCUUUCGUUUAGAAAGCUUUGCUUAUGGCUGCUAAAUAAAAAAUAAAAGUAAGGCAUAUCAAAUAAUGACUGUGUGAUGGUUGCUUAUUUACAACAAGAACUGUAAAACUUCUUUUUACUGGAAAGUUAUGUGAGGAGAUAUGUGUUGGACUUGUGUUAAUUCAAGACAUCAAUGAAAUAUUUUGAGAUCUAUUAAUGUGAUAAAAAGUUAUUUUUUUGGUUUUAACCCCUUUUUAGCAUACCAGUUCUUCCAUGGGUCUCAUAAGCAAGCAAUCUACAAAUGUACAGUUGUCUCAAUUUAUAUUUCCUGUACAGAUGAAACUCUGUUGUUUUUUGUGAAAUGAAUUGUAUGGUAAAAGGCAACUGGAGAUUGUUUGCAGUCUUUUAGCAUCCAUUUUACCAUUUCAUAUUUAGGCAGAACAUGACGUCCCAAACUCUGCCAAGAAUAUGCAGAGUCUCUCGUCUCUCUCUUCACACCAUAGUAUCAUACCAUGUAGGGUUUUGAGAUGGAUGAGAACGGCCAGUAAGGGACAAAACUCCAGGUGAAUUCACUAGUUAUUUUUAAUUCUGUUGAUUCUAGCUUCAGUAUCAAGUAAAACUUCUUUUCUAACUUGAUAUUAAGUUGGUUAUUUUAAAAGCAGUAUCCUUGUUAAAAUAUCUACAAGUUUUGUUAUUACUAGUGAUAAGUAUCCCAGAGUUAUAUCUCUUACUGGAAUGGCUCAAGUCCGUCCACCACUCAGCUUGCAGAGGUGACAUUCAACCUACAGGUACAGGGAUGGCUCAGCUCAAUUUUUUUUUCAUUUAGUAAGCCAGGUGCUGAAAACAUUGCGGGUUUAAUUAAUGCUUCAGGACAAUCUCGGUCGGGAAGCGAGCUUAAUUUGUUAAUAUAAUUUAUCUUAAAAGGAGCUUCAUGACUGAUUUAAGAUGGUAUUUAAAGCAAUACUAUCUGUUGGUAAAACUAUUAUCAUUUAGCUAAAGUUAUCCAAGUUAUUUUAAGCAUCUUGUUUUUCCUUUUAAAUUUUCUCCAGAGCCUUCCCAGCACCUUACUGUAGUUAAAUGUCGCAGCACCUCACACGUCCCCCCCCCCCCCCAUCAUGAAAACGCUUAAAAGAGUCCAACAAGUCCUUUAUAGCAUGAGUUUUCUGAAAGUACUGUACCUUUAUCUUGCUUAUACAGUAUGCUAUUUGAGAUUUGGUUACAUUGUGUAGGUUUUCAGUAAUUUUUUGUUAAGUAUUAUACCUAUUUUUUGUGGUGAACUGGUACUAUUUGGUAAAAUGACUAUUGACAUUUUUCCUUCUAGAACAUCCAAUUUGCAGUUCUUAAAUUUUAUAGAUAAAUUUCACCUCAUGAAACUUAUAUUAUUCUAUAUAGCUCAGGGAGUGUUAAAUUUAUUUUAUACUAUAAAAGAUAAAUUGCAAGUUUUGGGAUAAUUUCUUGAUAAACUUCUGCUUCAACACUGAUGAUUUUUUUGUGAUACACAAGCAUAAUUUUUUCUAGUCGAAUGUGUAAUACAAACCCACAAAUUGAACAGCAUGGUUGUCUUUUGAUGUCUUUUAAAAAUAUAAAUAUGAUUACAAUUCAAAGUGUAAUAUACUUUAUAAACUAUUUUAAUACAGAGUAUCCUCUACUAAAACUUGUGUUGCCAUAAUGAAGCAACCAUUUUACCUAAAAAAGUAAAAAUAAUGGCAUGCCAUUAUCAUUCAUAUUGCUUUAAUCAUUCCCCCAUAGCAAUAAACAUUUAAUUAUAUGUAUGGGUGUUAUGUAGUAUUCAUGCAGUGGGAUAUGCAGAGAUAUUUCUAGAUCUAUUUAGAUUACCAUACAGCUAGCAUCAACACUAUAACACUUCUCCGAGUAAAGUAGUGAUAACAAGAUUUAGAAUUUGUCAGCAGCUAUACUUAAGAUUCUGGCAUUUCAUAUACAUGUUACUGAUUAACAUCAAGGUUUAGUCAGUCUUUUUUUUUUUUUUUAGUAAGUUUAGACUUUGACUACUCCCUGCUCCUACUUCCCCAGUAAAAGUUUCCAAUUUCCAUCACUUGCUUAAUUCUUGACUAUCUUUUAUAUUAGAAAGUGAUAAAUAAAGCUAUAUUGUCUAGGUUUACUGUAGUUUUAAUGUGUUAUAAAGAGGUGCGUGCAUUCCAUUUGUAUGUAGAACAGCAUUGUUGGUAUAUAAUUUCCUUAUGCUAGUUGUAUUUUGAAUGCAACCUGAAAGUUUAAAUCAUGAGUUUUGUAUGUUUCAAUAGUUGCAAUAUAUUUAUAUAUUAUAAUGAAAGCAAUUUCACUCAUAUGAAGACUGCCCUUUAAUUGGCUUUUUUAAUAUGCAUAAUGUUUGUGUAUUGUACAAUAAACAGUUUGAUAGUACAGGUUAUCUUAUGUUGCUCCCUGAGCUUUUUACGUUCAUUGAUUUUUGAAAAUGAUUUUUAAUAUGAAGUUUGUUAUUAAAUAUAUAUAAUAUAUUUGUUUAUAUAUUAUAUAUGUGUAUAUCUUAGGUUUUGCAGGUUAAUUAUUUUUUAACAAAUUUGGCAUGUCACCAUCUUUAAGAAUAUCAUAUUCAGGAUUCCAUAACUAGCAGGUUAUGGUAAUGUGGAUGUGAAACACACUAGGAUUGUAAUCUUCAUUGAUGGAGAACAUACAAUCAUGCUUAUCUUUUAGGUUAUUUUUUGAUUGUUGACAAUUUCAACAAAUAUAUGUAACAGCAUAUCUUUGGAAAAUUACGAAAUAGUAAUUUGUGGAAGAGAAAAAGGAUGGGGUGGCCAUUGCCAGUCAUCAGUGCUCACCAGGUAACAUCACUUGCUGUUAAGGCUGUUGUACUCCACUUUUAUCCUUUCCGUGGUGUGCAGGCUUCAAGAGAUUCUUUAUAGGGCAAUUUCAUUCAAGUGAUGUUAUAGUGUGAGUGCUUGAAGAUUGAAUAGUUUGUGACUGUUUUCAAAGUCUUUCAAAUUCUAAAUGAAAGUAAUAUGAAUGUUUUUGACAAUGUGAUGUGGUUUGAAUUCAUAUAAUGCAGCAUGACAGAAAAAUGGAGUAAAAUAUCUUUUCCAGAACAUGAAAUGGAUUCAAACUAACUUCCUUUGUACAUUCCAGGUUAUGUUUGUUGAAAACUAAUGUGCAGGCCACUGGUAGAAGUUUCUUUUGUAUGUUAAGUCUGGAGGUCACCCCACCUGUAGAUGCUAAUGCAGCUAGCCCUGAGGCACUGGGAUACAUCAUUUAGAAUAUAAAUGCGUUGUAUGCUAGCUCACCUAGGCUUUAGUAUAGGUUCACUAGUAUAACAUUUAGUGACAUUGUACAAAAUAAGUGCUCUGUAUAGGCACUAAAUAUUUAUUCCAUCACCCAGGGUUGGUUGGAUCUUUGUUGGACUCACUAUUGUUUUUGUUAAAAAGAAUCUGUUUCAAUUCUUCAAACAUUUACAAGGGUGCAUGCAUGGGGAUGUAAAAAUAAAAUAAGGGAGGGUAGAUAUUGAUGCUAUGGGUGUGGAAUUGGCCUCUGUAAUGGCAGGCAUAACAGUGUCUGUCCAAAUGAUGUUUCUUUAGUGCUCAAGAGAGGAUGAAUAAACACUGUGUAUUUCUUGUAGAAAUUAGGAAUAUGCAGUGUUUCCAGAUGAUCCCAUAUAAGUGUUAACAUUGGCCACCACUUGUUACCCACCUCCACCCACAGCUCUCAUGCUCUUCAAUGUGUGUAUGUACGAGAGCAUGUGUACAUUGUGUGUGUGCAUGCAUGCCAGAUACACAUGUGAAUGUUUAUGCAUGAGGUGCACUUGAUUGUAUGACUGGCCACUGUACAGAGUAGUUGGUAUUAAACUACUGAGGAAGAUACUGAUUGGUGUUAAGUUUUAUGUCUGUUGACCUGACUUUCCCUAUGGAUAUAACCCAAUUUCAAUAUGAGGAAGAAUCCUCACUGCUAGAGAAAAUAUUACAGUAUUUCAUGGUGUUACAGAACAGUAGUUGCUAAGGCAGUUGUCUUCAUCCAAUAAUCCUGCAGCCUAUGAGCAAUAGUAGUUGUCCAGUAUCUAACUGUUGCUAAGACGGCCCCCCAUAACCUGGCAGUAACCCAUAUCUUAAACCUGGUCCAGAUAAGACAUGUAAAUCCUGGCAAUGGGCUAUCCAUGGGAAAAAGCAGUUCUACCUGCUACACCUGUUUAACUCUCAACAUUUGUGCUUAGUCAGGACAAAUCAUCAUAACCUUUUGUAUAUAAAGCAACCCCAGUAGUGCAAACAAAAAUAAAAUUACCAAGUUA